UAAAUUGCAAUUUUUUAAAACUUAAUUACUUUUUAAUUAGAAAAACACUGUGGGCUCUUAAUCAUUCACUUGAGCAAUAAUGACGAAAUACAAGGGCCAAUGAAAUAAAGAGCAGGUGAAAUCUUAUUAUUCAUCCUAAUAUAUGUUGCAAUCAGAUCUCCAAAUAUAUGUUAAUUACAUUUUCUUCCCUUUCAGGACACUGUAUUUGAGAGCUAACAGAGUUACAGAAAGAAGCAUUGCAAAAGUCAAAAGAGAAGCACAAACAAAUCAAACAACGAUAUUUUUGCAGGCACGGAUUAUGGGCUGCGAAAUGCUCAUUUUGUUUGCCGCCCUUCUAUUUUCAGCCGCCGUCGCCACCGCCGAUGGUUCUCUUUGCGCCACCGACGGGAUACCUAUUGUUCGGAAUAUCAGUGAGAUCACACAGGAUAGCUUCCCUAUUCCUGGUUUAUCUCAUAUCACCGUUGCCGGUGCACUCGCGCACGGUUUUAAAGAGGUUGAGAUAUGGCUGGAAACAGUUGCUCCAGGAGGUGGAACACCGAUCCACAGGCAUUCUUGUGAGGAAGUAUUUGUGGUUCUAAAGGGCAGUGGCACGUUAUAUCUUGCCUCCAACUCGCAUCUAAAAUAUCCCGGCACUCCUCAAGAGUUUCCGAUUUUCGCAAACAGCACCUUCCACAUUCCGGUCAACGAUGUUCAUCGGGUCUGGAACACAAACGAGCACGAGGGUCUACAUUUUCUAGUUGUCAUAUCUAGGCCACCAAUGAAAGCGUUUAUAUACGACGAUUGGUCAAUGCCACACAGUGCUGCAAAAUUGAAAUUCCCGUUAUUUUGGGAUGAGAAGUGUUAUCAUCAAGCGCCUCCCGCAAAAGACGAGCUUUGAUAUUUCAAUGUAGCGAAUCAUAUGCCAUUUACAAUGUUGUUCUGCUGUAUCUAGAAACGUGUGCGAUUCGAUUUUUUUUCCGUGUGAAAAAACCUUUUGCUUUUCACUGAUCAGUGUGUUCACACUUCUAUAUGUAAUAAUGGAUUUUUUUUUAAUAAAAACAUGACUAAACGA